UGGUUAAAUCUUGUAAGUAAACAAAACAAUCAAUCAGUAAAGAUCAUUCAUUAGAUUUAGUUAUAAUUAAACAAGGGAAAGUAUAUCACAAUUUUUUUCAUAUAACCAUGAUAGCUUACAGAAGGCUUGCAAAUUUUAUUCCUCUUGCUGUAAGAAAUUCCGCAGUUUAUUCUCACUCAAGAAGAUUAAAAAAAGUAGUCUGCCAAAGCACCUGUCAGCAUUUGAGAGCAAUUGAAUACCGCAACUAUUUUACAUCAAAAAUUUGUUUUGGAAAACUUGUUAGCUUUAAUUUAUCUGAUAUUGGAGAAGGAAUACGGGAAGUUACCCUCAAAGAAUGGUAUGUCAAAGAAGGAGACAAAGUUAAUCAGUUUGAUAGCAUUUGUGAAGUGCAAAGUGAUAAGGCUUCAGUAACUAUUACUAGUCGGUUUGAUGGAUAUAUUAGAAAAUUGCACUAUGAAAUAGACAGUACUGCUACAGUUGGCUCACCUUUAGUAGAGAUUGAACUGUUUGAAUCUGAUGACUCUGAGGAGCAGAUUGAUCAAGUUCAAGAUCAACUUGCUGCACCAUCAGGCUUAGAAAUUGACUUUUCUAGGAAAUCUGCCAAAGUUCUUGCUGCCCCUGCUGUAAGACGUAUAGCAAUGGAAAAUAAUGUGAAGCUUAGUGAUGUUAAAGGAACAGGAAAAGAUGGCAGGAUAAUGAGAGAAGAUAUAUUUGCUCACCUUGAACUUCUUAAGAGCAAAGAAACUAUUGCUCAAGUAUCCAAUGAAAUUUCUAUGCAGCAUUCUCCAGAACAAAUUGUUAAAGAACUUACAAAAGUGACACUGCCAUUUGUUGAGCAACGUGAAGAAAUGCCUGUGCAAAGCCCUUUACCUGCUGGAAAAGAUGUAACUGAAGUGAUUAAGGGGUAUAAAAAGGCUAUGGUGAAAACUAUGACCAAGAGCCUCUCUGUGCCAACUUUUGGUUAUUCUGAUGAAAUAGAUGUCUCUAGAUUUUUUGAACUAAAGGCAUUUUUUAAAAAAAUGAUGGAGGAAAGAGGCUUAAAGUUUACUUUUAUGCCUUUCUUUGUAAAAGCUUUAUCUUUAUCCUUGCUUCAGUUUCCAAUUUUGAAUGCAACUGUUGAUGAAAAGUGUGAAAAUAUUACUUACAAGGCAUCUCAUAACAUUGGUGUAGCAGUGGAUACCAUUCAUGGAUUGAUUGUUCCCAAUAUUAAAAAUGUUCAGCAGUUGAAUGUUCUGCAAAUAGCUUCUGAAUUAAACCGACUUCGUGAUUUAGGUAGCAGAGGUAAUCUUGGACAAGGCGAUUUAACUGGUGGAACUUUCACUCUGUCCAAUAUUGGAUCUAUUGGAGGAACUUACACCAAGCCUGUGAUAUUUCUUCCUGAAGUAGCUAUUGGAGCAAUUGGUAAAGUUCAAAGUCUUCCUAGAUAUGAUGACCAAGACAAUGUUGUGAAGCGUCAUAUUAUGGUUAUCAGUUGGACUGCUGACCACAGGGUGAUUGAUGGUGCCACCAUGUGCCGAUUUUCAAACCUAUGGAAAUCUUACUUGGAAGAUCCUGCAUUUAUGAUUUUGCAUAUGAGAUAAAAAGGAAAAUCAACAACAUAUGACAUUGUUCCUUGUUUCAAGUUUUGAAAAAUUUAUAAAUGUUAGUCUUUUUAAUGUGUUACACUUUUCAAAAAUUUAAUUUGUUUUAAUAUUUUUUUAGAGAAUAUGGGUGAUAAAGCUAGUUACAGUGCCAUUUUUCCUCUGUUUUUCAUCGUUAAAGUCAAAUCAAAACAUUACAAAGCAUUUUUUUCUUAACUGCUAUCUUAUAGCUAAUCAAGGAAAUCAAAUUAUUUUUACUGACUUUAUAAGUGUUUCCUCGUUUUUAUUUUUAAAUUUUUGUCCAGGUUUUUUAUAUUUUCCAUUAAAAUUGAGUUUAAUUGGAUUAAACCUGAAUAUAAAAUUAAUGAAACUUUAAUUAAAUCAAACUAGGUUUAAUUGAAAGUAUUUAUUUAUUGUUCAUCGGUUAUAAGAGUUAAAAAGCUAUAUUCUUUUUUAAUUAAUAGUAAUUUUUCAUCCAUACUUUUCAUAAGAUAAGCUUAACUUCUAAUGUUAUAUUUUAAUAAUAAAAUUGUUUAAUGUACAAUUUCAAUUUCAAAAAUUAUUUACAAUUCGCAACUAAUAAAUCAUCCUAUUGAUAAAUCAUCCGGUAAGACUUCACAAAUUUACAUCAAAAGAGUGAUUGUGUUAUAAUUUCAGUGUUUAACAAUUCUCAUUUCUUGCAACGUUUGGUUCGGUUUUUUUUUUCCUUUUUUUUUACAUCCUAAAAUUAGUUUAUUUCAACUUAAUGAACAAGUUUAAAGAUUAAUAGGAUUGAAAGUGCUUAAAGUUUCACAAAAAAAAAACUUUUGCCAUUUGUUAAUCAAAUCCAAUUCUUUCCACUGCAGUUUUAGAUCUGAGCAUCCUUGAAUAUUGCUUUGUUGUUGAUGGAAAAUCGCAUGCCCUGAUCGUAAAGAGUUUUGUGUUGUGCCAAUUGCUAAGAGCGAAUCUUUAAUUUCAGUUCAAUAUGCAUUUUAUUUAAAAUUUGAUUGUGUUCCUCUAUGUGGCAACAGCAUUUGCUGAUGGUAUUCUAUUACUUUUAGCUAUGGGAAAAAUCAUACAAUAUCAUAGUAAACAUAUGCCAUAUAAAUAAUGGUGCACAUUUUAAAAAUUGUUAUGAAGAACUAUGUUAGUUUAUUUUCAAUUUAAUGUAUGAUUUGUUGUAAAACUAAUUUAACUGUUAAAAUAUAUCAUUGAUACUGAGACUUUCAAUUUAAAUCCCCCUGUAUAUUAGUUAUUGAGAAUUACCUUUCAACAACUUGAUCGAUUUCCAAAUAACGCUUCCUAUCUUGUUUGAGCUCUGUUUUUGUUUACUUAACCAAGCCAAGUAACAGUUAUCAUAGGUUGUGUUAUCUUGGCCAGAGUUGUCUCCAGCAUUUAAGGUAAGGGGUUAAUAUCUAUAAGUUUCCCUAAUGUUAUUUUUGUUCUUGAUACUCUCAACAAUAUUAUCUUCAUUCAUUUCAUUUUAAACAUAAAUUUUACAAUUUGUAAUAUGCUUCUUUAUGUGAGUUAGUUUCUCUUAAAAUUUUUAUGUAAGUUAGUUUUUUUUUUUUUAAACUUACAUUUCAAAAUAUUUAAUGCCUAGUCGUCACUCUUAAUAACUUUAACUUCGUUUUCAUAAUUUUUUUAUUGUAUAAUUGAAUACGGAUAAUCUAUGUAUAAGAUCAUAGUUGAUAUCUCUCCUUAUGAUUUGUCUGAUGGAAUGUAAUUCUCAAGAUUUAUUGAUACGUGAAUUUAUUUUUAGAAUAACAAUUUUUGCAUUUAUAUAAUAUAUGAAUUAUACUAUAUGUUAUAAAUAUUUUUGUAUUUAAUGUUAUAUGUUUUAUAUUUAAUAAAAAAAUAUUUUGCAUAUUAUUUUUUGCUUUAUUCAAUAGCUUAACAUGUACAUUGAAUUUUAAUCAGUAAGCUGAAUCCUUGGAUUUGCUUACUGAUAUAUUUGUAUUGAUUUGUUUGAUUUGUUUGUACUGAUUUGUUUGUACUUAUAAUAUUUGUAUCACCCUUUUUGUUAUAAGAACUAAAUUUAUCCUGAAAUAUUACCACCUAUUAUUACUUACCAAAAAAAAUUUUGGUGAGUAAUAAUAGGUGGUAAUUUGUGCUGGCAAUUUGACUCCUACGUAAUGCAUUCCAUAACAUUUUAUUUUGUGCAAAUAUGCACUUGUGUGUCAUAUGCAUUAAUUUAUUUAUUUAUUUUGUUUUGCAAAUUAACUGCAAUUUUCUAAUUUUAAUAUUUUUUUAAAUUUAAGCGAUGCAUAAUAAAUGUUCAUAACUAUGGAAUGAAAUAUAAUUUUUCGAAUUGAUAUUUGAAUUUAGCGUGACUUAUAUAAAAUUUCCUGCGCAGUAUUUUUGCUAUUUCAAAAUGCAUUUUAAGCUGUAUCAAAAUGAGUUUAAAUAUUUUUUUUUUGACUAAUACAUAUUUGUCACAUUUUUUCCAUGCAUGUUAUGUUAUUUCGACAAUUUCUCGCAAACUUUUCAGACAAUUAUACUGCAAUCAUUUCAAAUUUUCGCAACUUAAAAUUGCGAUCCAUAUAUUUGAAAAAAUUAAUACAAUGAUUGUCAUGACAUAUAUCCUAUCCCUUCUAUUAUCAUUUAAUAAUUAAAUUUACCAUUAUAUUUGAUCCUCUAAUAAUUUUCUCAAUGGAAGAAUCCAGAGUUUCUCCACAGCAAUAAUCUUCAUCCUUUUUAUAAUGAUAAUAAAGUAUGUUUUUUAAAAAUUA